CGGGGUGGAGGAAUGACAGGCCACUUCUCUAAUACCACACACAUUUUUUCCCUACGAAAGCAAAGGGGCGGGGAUAACUUGGCAGCUGCACCAAUGGCUGGCUGAAGGGCGUGUCCGCGGGCCAAGCGGGAGCCGGAGGCCCCGGGCUCUCUGGGCCGCGCCUGAGGCGGACGCGACGGGGCCGGGGGGCGGUGGCGGCAGUGGCGGCAGCGGCGGCGAGGGUGGGCGCCGCAGCUGGCCCGGGUGGAUGGAGUUGGAGGGGCGGGGUGCUGGCGGUGUGGCGGGGAGGUCGGCGGCUGGGCCGGGGCGGAGCCCCGGGGAGUCGGCGCUGCUGGACGGGUGGCUGCAGCGGGGCGUGGGCCGGGGGGCCGGCGGCGGGGAGGCCGGGGCCUGCAGGCCCCCGGUACGGCAGGAUCCGGACUCCGGCCCGGACUACGAGGCGCUGCCGGCUGGAGCCACUGUCACCACGCACAUGGUGGCGGGCGCCGUGGCAGGGAUCCUGGAGCACUGCGUGAUGUAUCCCAUCGACUGCGUCAAGACCCGGAUGCAGAGCCUACAGCCUGACCCAGCCGCCCGCUAUCGAAAUGUGUUGGAGGCACUCUGGAGGAUUAUAAGAACAGAGGGGCUGUGGAGACCCAUGCGGGGGCUAAACGUCACAGCAACAGGCGCAGGGCCUGCCCAUGCCCUCUAUUUUGCCUGCUACGAAAAGUUAAAAAAGACAUUGAGUGAUGUAAUCCACCCUGGGGGCAAUAGCCAUAUUGCCAAUGGUGCGGCCGGUUGUGUAGCAACAUUACUGCAUGAUGCAGCCAUGAAUCCAGCAGAAGUGGUCAAGCAGAGGAUGCAGAUGUACAACUCCCCAUACCACCGGGUGACAGACUGUGUACGGGCAGUGUGGCAAAAUGAAGGGGCCGGCGCCUUUUAUCGUAGCUACACCACCCAGCUAACCAUGAAUGUUCCCUUCCAAGCCAUUCACUUCAUGACCUAUGAAUUCCUGCAGGAGCACUUUAACCCCCAGAGACGGUACAACCCCAGCUCCCACGUUCUCUCUGGAGCCUGUGCAGGAGCCGUAGCUGCCGCUGCCACAACCCCACUGGACGUUUGCAAAACACUGCUCAACACCCAGGAAUCCUUGGCUUUGAACUCAAACAUCACAGGACAUAUCACAGGCAUGGCUAGUGCCUUCAGGACGGUGUAUCAAGUAGGUGGUGUGACCGCCUACUUCCGAGGGGUACAGGCCAGAGUAAUUUACCAGAUCCCCUCCACAGCCAUCGCAUGGUCUGUGUAUGAGUUCUUCAAAUACCUAAUCACCAAACGGCAAGAAGAGUGGAGGGCAGGCAAGUGAAGUGAAGUAGCACACGAUGCAGCCAGGGGUCCAGCACUGCUGCGUCCUGCCUGCUCCAGCCACGUUCUCGGUCUCCUGGCAUGCUCCAUCCGGCCUUGAGUGGAGGUGGAAGGAAGGUAGAGGGUUCUCCCCAGGCUAUUGGUGUUUUGGCUAACACCAGUUCCUGCCAGCCUCCGUUGCCGCCACCUUUCCUUCCAGGCCCUAAGCAAGUGCAGCAAAGCACACCACAGUACCUUUGCUAAUAACCUUUCUCCAUCCUGGGCCUGAUGACCUACUCUAGACUGUUACAGAGGGACAAGCAGCUCAUUCCCCUGGUUCCUAAUAAAAAGCCUUUAAAUUAAA